AUGAUGAUGAUGAAGACGACGACGACGACGACGAUGAAGAAGAUGAUGAAGAUGACGAUGGUGAAGAUGAUGACGAAGAUGAAGAUGAAGAUGAAGAUGGUGGAGGGAGGAGGCGGAGGAGGGCGAGGCUGGCGGCGGUGU